AUGCCUCCUAAACUGGCAAAAGAGGUUUUUGCAAUGAGGAGGAGAAGGGCAAACAUAAGGACUGAAACUUAUGUAAUAAUGAAACCUGGACAGAAUGAGGAGUUUGUUUCUAAGGAUGAAUUGAGGGACAGGUUGAAGGGUAGGCUCGAAAACCGGCCAAGCAAGGCCCUGCCACUUGACCUUGGUAGAUUUGAAACCAUCGAUGAUGCUGUUUCCUACCAAGUAAGGUCUGUCUGUGAACUUUUGAAAUCGAUGGAGAUGUUGGUUCAAUCCAAUGGUAUGAAGUUCGUUUGGAGUCAGAAUCAAACAUUUGAUUUUGAUGUAGACCCAUGA